GUUGUUUCUGUUGUCAAUUUUUCUAUAUCAUCAAUAAUUCUACAAUCCAUUGUUUUAUUACAAGCAAAAUUGAGGUCUCUUGAUUGAGGGGCAGAAGCAAGAGGGCGGAGAAACCCAUAUUUCCCAGGCAUGAAGGACGAUUACGAGGUUGAAGAAAAGAAGCAAGCCGCUGCAGAUGUGUUGUUCCAAUAUUCAAAUUUUGUUAUGGCCUGUAUUGGUAAUCAAGUUCGGCCUUGUGACUUGAGACUGCAUUUGAUGAAGGAAGUUUCAGGAUUGCCCAGUUCUUUGAAGCGUGAAACUCGUCCAGCAUCUUCUCCUGAUGUUAUGGGAGAAUCCUCGAGCUCAGGCACCUCAAGACUGGAUAAAGCAGACAGUUUUCGAGAUGAAAUAAUUUAUAGUCACACAAAGAAGAAAAAAAGGCGGCGUGGUGCACUGAAGCUUUCGCUAUGCGUAGGGUCCGGGGAAGGGUCCUACCACAAGGAUAUAUUGUACGCAGCCUUACCUUGCAAUUCUGCCAAAGAUUGUUUCCAAGGCUUGAACCCGGGCAACUUUACUAGUUACUCUUUUCUUUUCUUUUCCUUUUUUUUUUUAGUCAUACAAAGAGAAAUUGUAUUUAAAUGGCACUUGUAUUUAAAUGGCACACAUUAGUUAUUACAUAACUUCAUAACGAAAAAUCUACUAAUUUUUUUUUUUUUUAA